GCUUUUACCUUUCAUAGCCACAAACGGCGAUUCCCUUUCCCUCUCCUCCCUUUUGUUCCCGGAAUCCAAAAUAUAUUCAAAUUCAGUUUAUUCUCCACAAAACUUCCCACCCAAGAGGGAAGAGAAGAGAAAACACAAGGCCUACCUAUAUAUAACUGUGAAGCAUCAGAUAUUUUUGUAUCUGUGUUCCAAAUAGAAAAUUCCAUUGCUUGAGAGAGAGAGAGAGAGAAAGCAACAUUGUAAGAAGAUGUCUGCAACAGGAGGUGGUGAUGGUCAGGGGGAAGAGAAGAAACCUGGGGAUCAGUCAGCCCACAUUAACCUCAAAGUCAAGGGUCAGGAUGGCAAUGAGGUUUUCUUCAGAAUCAAGCAAAGCACCCAGUUGAAGAAGCUCAUGACUGCUUACUGUGAUCGGCAGUCUGUCGACAUGAACUCGAUUGCCUUCUUGUUUGACGGCCGUAGGCUCCGGGCAGAGCAGACUCCAGAGGAGCUGGAGAUGGAAGAUGGUGAUGAGAUUGAUGCAAUGCUGCACCAAACUGGAGGGUGGGUGUGAAAUCUUCUACCUUGGUUUUUUUUUUUUCAUGAACUGCAAGUUGGGUAAAUCUUAUACUUUGUUCUUACUAGGGAGCAUUCAAUCUAUAUUUAAAAGAAAAUGUAUGUGAAUUUGAGGUUUCUUUGUGUUAGGUUAGAUGUGUUUUUCCGACUUUGUAUUUGGCUAAUGGGAACCUCGAAUAUUGAAAUAAAUAUUGCGGUUAAGAUUGAAUUUCA